AUGGCCGACAUCACCGAUCAGCACGAACAGACCUCGCCCACCGAGCUCGACGAGGCGCAUGCCGUGGGCAAUGGCAAUGUCAACAACAACGAGCCCCGCGGUGUCAAGCGCGCCCGCCCUGCCACGGCCGAUGACGAUGAUGAUGACGACGAGAAGGGCGGCCGCGAGCGCCGCAAAAUCGAAAUCAAGUUCAUCAGCGACAAGUCGCGUCGCCACAUUACCUUCUCCAAGCGCAAGGCUGGUAUCAUGAAGAAGGCCUACGAACUUUCUGUAUUGACAGGAACUCAAGUACUGCUACUCGUCGUUUCCGAGACUGGUCUGGUCUACACCUUCACAACGCCCAAGUUGCAGCCUCUCGUAACCAAGGCCGAGGGAAAGAACUUGAUUCAGGCAUGCCUGAACGCUCCCGAGCCCGCGUCUGCCGAGAAUGGCGUGGACGACUCUAAUGCGGUCGACUCGCCCGAAGAGCCCUCGAGCGCCCACCUGCCUCCCCAGCAAGGCCGACCUGGCAUGCCGCCCCAAGGACACAUGCCCCCCAACUACAUGCCCAAUGUCGGCGCGAUGGAUGCCCAGCAAGCGCAAGCACUGGCGUACACAAACUACGUACAACAACAAAGAGGUGGCCAAUACAUGCCUCAACCUGGUCUGCAGCAGCACGCCGGCCACCAGUCAUAA